AUGUUGCCAUAUAUCGAUGCGCCUUUCACAUAUGCCGCAGGCAUUCUGGGUGCCUCGACCGAUGAAUUGAAACUCAUCACUUCCUUCCUCCUUUCAUAUCCAUUUGCGGGUCUUUUGAAACGAGUUCCAGAUUCGAGGCCUGAUCUGAAGAAUCUCUUCAUUAUCGGUGUUUCCUCUUUUUACCUUCUUGGACUUUUCGACUUAUGGGGUGGUACAAGGACGCUGGCUUUCAGUUCCAUCGGGGCAUACUGCAUCGCAAAACAUGUGCAAGGUCCUUUUAUGCCAUGGAUUGGCUUCGUAUUCGUGAUGGGGCAUUUAUCAGUAAACCAGUUGGCUCGACAAUUUGUCAAUAAUCCGGGAGUUGUGGAUAUUACGGGGGCUCAAAUGGUUCUGGUUAUGAAACUCUCUGCAUUCUGUUGGAAUGUUGCAGAUGGUCGACAACCAGAAGCAGAAUUAUCAGAAUUUCAAAAAGAAAGGGCGAUCAAACAGCUUCCAAGCUUGUUGGAUUUUGCCGGAUAUGUCCUUUUCUUUCCGUCUCUAUUUGGAGGCCCAGCUUUCGACUAUGUGGAUUAUAAGCAGUGGAUUGAGACCACGAUGUUCGAGGUUCCUGCUGGUGUUGAUCCUUCGAAGAAAGCCCCAACUCGGAAGCUGAGAAAGAUUCCAAGAAGCGGCACUCCUGCAGCAUGGAAAGCUGCUGCUGGCUUGUCUUGGAUCCUUCUUUUCUUAAAGCUCUCCGCAUGGUACUGGCCUGAUCUCUUGACUGGUGACCAAUACAUGACCUAUGGUUUUGCUCGCCGUGUCUUCGUGCUUCACAUGGUUGGGUUAACUGCCAGGUUGAAGUAUUACGGUGUAUGGGCGUUGACCGAGGGUGCAUGCAUUCUCUCGGGUCUUGGGUAUAAGGGUAUCGACCCAGUUACUGGCAAAGUCUCUUGGGACAGACUAUGUAAUGUUGACCCAUGGGGAGUUGAAACAGCCCAAAAUACCCGCGCAUAUCUUGGGAAUUGGAAUAUAAACACGAAUAACUGGCUUCGAAACUACAUCUAUCUUCGAGUCACUCCUAAGGGAAAGAAGCCUGGUUUCAGAGCUAGCAUGGCAACUUUCGUGACUAGUGCCUUCUGGCACGGAUUCUUCCCUGGUUAUUAUCUUGCUUUCAUUUUGGCCAGUUUUAUUCAAACGAUCGCAAAGAACUUCCGACGAUGUUUCCGACCUUUUUUCGUCGACUCCAAAACAUCCCAACCAACAUCUCACAAACCCUACUACGACAUCUUUUCCUGGCUAGUUACUCAACUUGCAUUCUCUUUCACCGUCGCUCCGUUCAUACUCCUUACUCUCCCCGCUUCAUUCCUCGUUUGGUCACGCGUCUAUUUCUACGCUGUCAUUGGCACUGUCCUCUCAACCGCUUUCUUCGCUUCGCCUGCUAAAACGUAUAUGAUGAAGAUGGUGAGCGAGAGAAGUACCAAGACGAACGAAGGGUUGAAACAUUCGGCAAGUAUGGAGAGUUUAGGUGAUAAAGAACCGGUGCUAGGAUUGCCGGCUGAUCCAUCAAGGGAUUUCGAUGAAGCGAUUGAGGAGGCGAAGGCGGAGAUUCAGGCUAGAAAGAGGAAGGGAAAGGUAGAGUUGAAGUGA